AUGACGGCGCUGCAUUUAGCAUGCAGGCGUCGACAUGAUAGAGUGGUGGAUGUCCUUCUCCAGAAUGAUGCAGACACUCGAGCCAGAAAUUGUGUUGAGUCGAUCCCGCUCCAUGAAGCGGCUUAUGAGGGGACCAAGUAUGCGAUAUACCAGCUACUCAGCCACGGGUCGGAUAUCAAUGCGCAAACUGACGAUGGAUGGACUCCGCUGCUCUGUGCUGUGAGAUAUAAUUCUUCAGCGGUUGUCAAGGUGCUGCUGCAUUAUGGUGCCGAUGUCAGGAUCCAAAACAACACAUUGCACUCACCACUAGACAUCGCUUGUCAGUACUCUACGUUCGAUGUUGUACAGGCACUACUCGACAAAGGAGCAGAUGUUAACACGCAAGAUCAAUAUGGAUGGACACCAUUG